CUUUUGGGUGGUCUUUUAUUGCCCUUGGAUAUAUUAGAUCAUAUUAUCCCGCCACUGGCCCAUCUCCGCAUCCUGAUCUUCUCCAUCACCUUUCGUUCAACCACUCCAGAUCCCCACGCUCGCUCUCGACAUUCAUAUCCCAUUUCCUCGACGGCCUUUCUGUCCCUGGUGACCGUCGCUUCAGAACCCACCUCUUGUCCUACCUUACCCGAGUUUUCAAGAGCUACCUUGUGUAGUCCGACAUUAUGGCUGGUCCCGGCGGUGGUCCUCCUCGCAAGAGCCACACCAAGUCUCGUUUUGGGUGCAAGACAUGUAAGAGACGUCACAUUCGUUGCGAUGAGACAUUUCCUCAGUGCCGCAACUGCACCAAGCACAACUGUCGCUGUGACUAUAUGGAUGUCGCAGCAGUCCACGAGGAAGCCUCCUCAAUUCGCAACGUCCCCGACCUCCUCAUGUCGGUGGAGAUUGAGACAGAGAUCAAGAACUGGCACGUCACAGGCGUGCCCCCUUUCCCCGAGUUGAUGCACUUUCCUCGCAAUAGCUGGAGCAAGCUAUCGCGAACCGAUCUGCGGCUGAUCCACCACAUCAUCGGACUCUCUAUCGACCUCCACCGUCGCGGUCUGGGCAAUUGCACCAUUUGGGCUCAGAAGAUGCCAACCUUCCUCACCAUUGCCCUUGCAAAUGAUUUUGUGAUGAGCUCCAUCUUGACCAUGGCAGCAUCCCACCUGGCAUGGAUCACUCGCAAUCAAGAAACCAAGCAGUUGGCGUAUCACCACAGAGGUAUUGCGAUCCAGAGACUCCACAAAGCGAUUGGUGCAUUCUCUCAAGGCAACUGUGAUGCCAUCCUGGCUGCUUCCAUCCUCUUGUCCUGGCAGGCGUCCGAAUGGCAGAGCUGGGCCUCAUUGCAGCAGGGCCUGACGACAGUCCUCCACGCAAUGCAUCCGAGUUGGAAACAUGAAUCAGAGUUGGCCAUGUACCUGGAGAACCAGAGAUACCUGGGCUGCACCAACACCCCAGUCAUGUCUGGCUACCAGUUCCAGGACGAAGAUCUGGCUAGCCUUGACCAAGUCAUGGUCGCACUGCAGUCCAUCCAAAAGCGGACUUCGCACAACCACGACCAUUACCGCCGCAUUGGCGAGCUCUUGGAAUUUGUGCGACACUUCCAGCGUGAUCUUCUUUCUCAGACACCCGAACAGGCCUUUGAGCGCAUGCAGCCACUCCGCCGGUGGCUGUUCUGGCUUCCCCCGGCCAUGCUGCGUCCCGAAGAUGCAGAUGUCGGCUCCCUGAGUAUCCUGGCGCAGUUCUUCGGUGUUGGAGUCGUCCUCGACAGCCUCUUCCCGGAUCUGGGAGGUGCUUACCUAGGCCCAUUGUCUCUGGGCCCGAUUGAGGAGAUUUACCGACUCAUCGUCUCUCGAAACGCCACGGACCCGUUUAACCCUGAGGUCCAGCUAGCAUUGUCCUUCAUGGACCUUCCUCGUCACAUCGUGGCGAAAUACAAAAGCCGUUUACAGUGGUCUCCCCGCACCUCGAUUGACCACUAUUCACCCGCCCCUCCCAGUCCCUACCACAACGUUCACGACUACCGCCUCGCCUCUUCUUCUCCGUCCUCAGCCUCUGCCACGUAUGCCCCCUACACGCCACCCCUCCAGUCUCCUCCCGCCGUCACCAUUGCCAGUCCCCAAUUCGACGUCACCGGAUCUUAUGUGACAGCCCCACCAUCUUCUCAAAGCCUCUACCCGCCAUCACCCCGUUUGCUCUCCGAUCCACGCGAGGAUCUGUCAGAUUACAGCCACACCGGGUCUCUACAGCACUCGCCCCUCUUCCCGCCGCAGUACAUGAACGAUGUGGUCUGCGGGGAGCUGCCACGCGUGGAUGGAUCGGUGGGGCUAAACAUGCAGUUCUACGACGAACCCCAUCCCGUGUUCGGAGCUUACCAUGUUCCAGAAGCAGGAUGGAACGGUAGUGUCUGUACCUGAACUGGGACACGGGGACGGUGAUGUGGACAUUUUCUUCUCUUUUAUCUGGUGCUACGGAACAAAACACGGCAUAAAUCGGGA